AUGACGGCGAAUGAGAAUUGCACACAAAACGAUCCUCAGUAUGAUCAAAUGCGACGCCGCUACAUAGCACUUCGUUGGAAAUCAGAUACGAUUCGCACAUUACUGAAGGAAUACGAAGAACUAGUCAAGAAAACUGGUGGUAAAACUGUCAAGUCUUUAAAAAAUCCCUCGACAGAAGCUCCUUUGGCGGCUUCGAAAUCGCGUUCUCAUUCUUUUCUCCAAUUUUUGGGUAUUAAAAGGAGUAGUCCAAGAGAAAAUUCAACUCCUUUGCCUGCCAAUUUUACCCAUGACAGUGUUCGAAUGCAAGAGAUUGAAAAUCAUAUAGCUGACCUCUCGGGAUCGCUUCAUUUUCAAGUCAACACAAAUGUACUAGGUGGUAAUUCCCCGACCAUAUCCUCAAGCUAUCAAUUCAGAUUGAAUAUUGCACAAGCGGACCCGGAACGCAGUUCCUCGAUUCUGAAUCUCCCCAGCUACUUCCGAACUCCCGAGUUUGUCGGUCGGUCCUCCGCUAACAUCCUCGCCUCUCCACUUCAUGAAUGGAGCUUUACUGUUGCACGUAGACGGUCGAGAUCAUCAACAUAUAGAAUUAACGAGCCAAGUACCUUUCAAUCAGAUUUGGAACCAUGGGAAUUUUCUUCAAUUGAAAGUAUUCUCCCUAUGGAGCCGUGCUCAACUUUAAUAGCUGACACGCCCUUUGGUGGAAUUCAUGUCCACGAGAUUCGUCGUCUCUUCUCCGAAGGUCAGUUGCAUCCCAUCAUGCUACUCCUCUGUCCACACUCAGCCAUUCAGAACCUUCCGCAGCCCCGCACUCAAACCGCUGCUCAUUUAGUUGGAGCGUCAGCAAUGAUGGUUGGCCAAGUGGUGCAGGGCAUACGGAUGGCAGAGGCUCAUGGGCGUCUUCUCUCCAGUGCCCAUCAUGGCAGCAUGACUGCCCUUGGGCCCGGCGCUCCAGACACUGGUGCCUUGGUUUACUACUAA